AAUUUGAAUUCAAAAAUAGUAUUAUUCGAUUCAAACAUUGUUUUGAAGUGGACUUAAACACUCAAUAUAUUAGAACCCAAUGUGUUCUAUUUCUCUGCGAGCAAACUUUUUCAAACCCGCUAAGUUUUGUUUGGGCUCAAUCAAAGUUUCAAGUGAUUUGCAUCUUGCUGUCAAUUGAAUAUCCCAGCAAGCCGUUUCUGUUUUAUUUAUUUAAAGGAAGCAUAGCUGCCAACCGUCUGCAAUACUGCAGACUUUUAUUGAGGUUUCAAUCUAAAAUGUAUUGAAACAAACCACAGUAAUAUUUAUGAGAGUAUGAGUUUUUUUCUAUUGAGAUUAACUGUUAACUCAGCACAACUGAGAUGAGUUGGAUGUGCCCUUUGCUGCAUUCGUAUGUGCUGCGACCAGAAACCAUCCGUUUAUUUAUAUGCUAAGUAAAGAAACUUGAUUCGCUGAUGUUGCACAAUCGGUGCAGAAGAGCGAUUAGAUUUUUUAAAGACAGCCAAACCUAACGCAGUCAAGAAUUAUUCCGCGAACAUACCGCAUCGUGUUUUUAUUUAGUCUUCAGAAACCGAAAAAGUUUCAGAUAUAGCUUUUUGAUUGAGCUAGUUCGACACAGCAAUAAAAUAUUUUACAAUCUUGUGGCUAAAUACUGUUAGUAUAUCCGCACAAUAAUGGAAAGUGGUGAAACAUCAGGUGAAAAAGUAGAAAUAACUGAUCCGAUCCCGAGUCCGGUGCAGAUAAAAACGGAAACCGAACGUGGAGAGUUCCUUCUCAACAACCAGUUCAUGUCGGAUGUAACUUUUCUGGUGGGACCGGACAAGCACCGAAUAUACGGUCACAAACUGAUCCUGUUUAGAGCAUCGAAUUACUUCUUUCAACUAUUCACAAACUCUACCGUCAACGAGUUCCCAAUUGAAGACAGCGAUCCGAACAUUUUGCUGGAGUUACUACGGUUUGUCUAUUGCGGAAAGAUUGACCUAAGCUCCGAAAAUGUGCGCGAAAUUUACAACGAAUCGAAAAAAUUUUCGUUGGAUAAAAUAUUGAAAGCGGUGGAAAACUUUCUCAAUCAGAUCAUUGACUCGAAAAAUGUACUCUGCAAACUGAUGGAUAAUCGAUUCUAUAAAUUUAAAUCAAUCGAACGAAAGUGCUUGAAAAUAAUUUGUGACGAUCCUUUCUCUUACAUCGAUCAGGCAGACUUUAAACGAUUGGACCGCGAAUCACUUAGAUUAAUUCUAGCUCCAAAGACAAUCUACUGUACAAACGAUCAAUUGCUACAAAUCUUGGAUACGUGGCAAAAAACGAACUACGAGGAAAAUAUCUCAGAUUUAAAAUUAGAUAUCAGUUCAAAUUCAAUUAUUACGUGGAAAAAACUUCCGUUUUUCGGGACGCCCUCUGAUGAUUCCAUGAUCGUUCGAUCGCAAGGUUUUGUAAUCAAAAAUGAACUAGGUGUCAAAUUCACCGGAUUAGGAAUGUAUUACAAAUCAUUAGAGUACAUACAUAGAGUACAGGUUAAUAUUUAUGAUUCCUCCAGUAAUGCUUUUAUUGUGAAAGGUGAAUACACUUUUAGAAAUGAUAACGUCAACAUAAUGCAAAUAGCUGAUAUAUUUUUCAAACCGAUUGACAUUAAACCAGAUUAUAUAUAUACAAUAUAUAUUGAAAAUAAAACAAAAGUAGAGCCGUUCUGCCUAGGUUCAUGUCGACCAGGUCCCAAUGACAUCAAUCUAGAAAUUUGGAAUGAUAAUAAAGGGCGUUAUCCACCGAUCGCCUAUUUAUACUACAAGGCAAAUACAGUAUCAUAACAAAUCUUGUAAUUAAAACACAA